UGCCGCUGGCGAUUCCGGAGGUGUGGAACGAACCUUAUCACAACCCAAUGUCUUGUUAUCUGAUGCUCUCUCAACUCCUAGAACGCCAGCGAGACUGCCUCCCGGUGCAAAGCGUCUUGGUUUCACGGAGAUACCCACGCGCUCCAGUCCCAGAAUUCGCGCUAUGAAACAGUCCGCUUCUGACGAAACGAAUGUGACCAAAUCUCUCCGAGAUCUAUUCUCCGACAGUGAAGAAGAAUUCGCCUAG